AUGCCCGAUGCACCACUGAAAGAGGUAGAAGCCGAACAACAGGAACAGGUCGAGAAGUCAGUAGAAGUCACGGAGACUGAAGAUAAGGAGCAAGCAGAAGAGGAGGAGAUAUCCGAUGAAAUAGAUGAUGAUGGAGAGGAGGAAGAGGAUGAUGAUGAUGAUGAUUCCGAUGAGGACGAGGACGACGUUGACGCUCAGGCAGAGGCGUUCGCUAAGAGCCUUGGUGACCAACUGCUUGCCCAGAUCGGGGCAGCAUUUGGUCAGCAACCGCAGUCGGCUUCCAUACCAGAAGAAGUGAAUGGAGCAGCCCACCUUCCCUCAGGGAGUGAAGACGCCCUCAUACCGGCAGUCCAACUCGUACUAUCUUACGCGGUCUCCGACCCGCCUCUCCUCGCCAUUCUCUCCCAGACUCCUGUGCCCGGGUAUCAAUCCCUCCUCCACUGUUUGCAGCAUGUGGCCGCCACAGGGGACGUUAGGGAUGAGGAGGCCGAGUUGCUUGGCGGGCUGAUCGCUACUAUUGCGGCGGGGGAGCCACCUCCUGACACCGUAUCAGCAAUGCCUCUUGGACUUCUGCCUCAGGAGUCAAGGAAGCGGAAGAGGGAAGACGGCGAAGAGGAGGAAACCGAGCCAGCAAGAAAACGUGCCAGGUCCGAGCAGGUGCAGGAGCUCAAAGCCCAUCUAUUUGCCACAAUUGCUGUCAUCACACAUGCCCUAGUCCUUUCGAACGCCACUGAGAACACUCCACAUACUUCCAAAUCAUCCAAGGCGCAUCCCGCACCUACACGUGCGCAAGCCGAACAAAUACUGCAGUUUGCUCACGCCUGCGCACACCGAGCCGAGUCAUCCGAUGUCGACCUCCCCGAGCUCAGCGCGCUCAUAUGGAUGCUCCGUUCCCUCUCUGGUAUCGCCCCUCCCUCCGAGGGCGGACCCAGCAUCCCUAUCGCCCUCUCCCCGAGAACGGGCGCCGCGCGUUAUCCCUGCGUGCACCCUAAUUGUGGGUCGACUUUCCCUAACCUGAUUGAACUGCGCGUGCACCAAGAGGCCGUCCACGCCCUCGAUAGGCCGUUCCGCUGCCGACGGUGUGCGGCUUCGUUCGUGCGGAAUCAUGACCUCAAACGCCACUGGAACUUGCACGAAAAGAAGAUAUUCGUAUGCCAGGGAUGUGGAAAGGAAUACACUCGACGCGAUGCCCUCAAGAGACACAAAGACCAUCCGAAAAGCGAGCCGCCUUGUAGGGCUACAUUGAUUGUCGAGAUGGCGAGGUCCCUGCCACCAGAAAUCAGUCGUCCUGGACUGCCGGUGCCUAUUCGUCUACCAGAAACACGACCCGUUCAAUCAACACCCUUCGGAGAAGAUCAAAGCGUCACUGAGGAAGCGCAUGGGAUCGUAUCCCAGCUAUUCUCGAUCCUGGCUGCGCAACAACCGCCGGAAGUUGGGAAUGACCGUCCUGUUCCUACGCAGCCUGCUUCUGCAGCUGGGAGUAUUGUUGCCGUCCCACCUUUAACUUCUGGCGUUCCACCCUCUGAGCUCGCAUCCGCCGCCGCUCCGCCUAGUGCAAUCUCAGAUGUGACCGCAAGCCUAGGUGGUCUAAGCGUAGGCUCAGACCCAGCUCAAGCGCUUUCCUCCUUCGGCUUGUCAGCCGAACAUACGCAGCUGCUGCAGCGGGCUAUUGCACUCACUGCCGAGAGUGCGAGGCAGCAGGCGGAGCGGGAGGCGAACGCCGAGAAUGGGGAAUAUGAGAGUGAGGAUGGGGGGAGUGAAGAUGAUAGCGGGGAGGAAGAUGACGAGGAGGAGGAAGAAGAGGAAGAAGAGGAAGAAGAGGGAAAGGGGGCGGAAGAGGUUAGAGAAGAGGUUGAUAAAGAAACGGUUGAAGAGGCAAAAAUGGACGAAGUGCCGAAGGAGACAAGGGCAGAUCCGGGGCCUAUGGACGUGGACGUACAGCCAGUGCAGGAGACAAGCGCUCCAGAAGUGCCUGCCGAGGAUGUAUGA